AUGUUCAGAAGCAAUCCACUAUCCAGCUCUCCAGCCCACUCUGAUCUAUCUCAUCCACGCAGCAAGCCUGCUUCUGCUCUCCCCAAGUUAAAGACCAAGAUACAACAAGGCCACAAGAACAUGGGCUCGAGAUCAGACAAAGGAGAAAUCCAGUACGGGCAUCGAGGCUUGAUCCUCGCUCCAACUGAGCAAAGAGAACAACAUAAAGACAAUGCACACCUCGGGGAAAGCCCCGAAUCCAUAACCUCACCCUCGUACCCGGAGGCAAAACAGGGCCAAAGAAAAGAAGAGUGCCAGAAUACAGAAGCCACCAGGAAAUGCAACAGGACUUAUGCUUUUCAAAUAAGAAAGAGAAACACACGCAAGGCAAAAGCAAAGCAAGCUGCGUACAAUUCUCAGAUGCUUCUGCCUCCUCGCACACAGUCUCUCGAAAUCAGACACAUAUCGGCUUGA